AAACGCAUAUUUGGGUCCUUGCACUUGUCGUUUUUUCUAAUUUGGGUCCCUGCACUCAAAAACAUCCAUAAUAAAUCCCUGCACUAUCAAAAAUGACCAUAGUAAGUCCCUCCGUCUUAUUCCGUUAGAGAGUGAGACACACACGCUCUUCUCUGAGACUGGUGAUAUUUGUACUAUAAAAUUUUACCAAUUAGAUCUUUGUACUAUAAUUAUUUGCUAAUUGAGUCCCUAUACAUUUCAUUUCCACCCUCAUCACAACAAUCUGCUGUUCUAUCAAAAAAAAUCAACCUGCUGUCGGACCGCCGCUCCCUGCCGCAUACUUCUUCUUCUUUUCCUCUUCUUCACCAAUUAAUGAAAGACUCAAAAAUAAAAACCCCUAAACACUACAUAAUUUGUUGCUGCCACCACCCUUCCAUCCCAUCAAAGUUCCUCCGCUACCCUCCCCUAUUCCAGCCACCGCCUCCAUCCAUCCACUUCCAUCGUUGGUAUCUUCCAAAGCCGACCGCCCAUCUUGUCACCUGCCAGCAACAAGUGAAUCUUCUUCUUCGUCGACAGCAAGUAGGUCUCCUUCUUCGGCGGCGAAGCUCCCCUUUAACAAUUGUAGUAGAUGUUUAUCACCAUCGGGUUUUUCUCUUUGCCGGCGGUCUGUUCUUGAAUAGCCGUAGGAAAGCUUCGUCGGCAGCGAGUUUUCUCUUCAUCUUCGUCGGCGGGACCCAUAUUAGAAAAGACGACAAGUGCAGGGACCCAAAUAUGCGUUUGGCCAAAAAAAAUCACUUCCAUUAA